AUGGAAUCAUCGCUGCCGACCCCUGGGACCGGCCAUCUGAGCUUCUCCCUUUUUUUCACGGCAAGUCCGAACGGUUCAUUGAUUUUCAACGAGCGACCCCUAGCGAGCCAAGCAACAGUGCACGAUAUGCUCCACCGAGAUCGCCCUGAGAUUGGCAUCGGUUGUUUUGUACUGCCCUGGGAGAGUGGAGCCGAGGGCAGUCUGAAUCCCGUAGUCAACGUCCGUAUGGGAGCAUACUCGUAUGUAAAGAUUCUUUUGAUUUCCCUGGCAUCUUUGCAUGAUGAGAAGUCUCGAGUGAUGGGUGUGUGUACCCCGGAGGUCUAG